AUGGACCAAUUGAGUAAAUGUGGUCUUCCUCCAAUUAAACCUCCACUUUAUAAGCAACAACCAGGUAGGCCUAAAAGAGUUAGGACAAAGGAGCUUGGUGAGGUUGAAAUACCAGCCCCCAUCCCACCAAACCCUAUGCCUCCAAAUUAUCUUGCCUCACUAGCCAAGCUUAGAAGGGUUUUCAUUGAAAUAAGAUGUUGUGGAUGUGGUCAAAAAGGCCAUAAUAGAGCAACAUGUUCAUGCAUCUUCAACCAAAUGGAGCAAGGUUUUUCUUCUAACACAGUAAGAGGGAGAGACAUAAGCAAAGGGAGAGGCAUAAGUAGAGAAAGAGGAAAUGUUGCUCAAGCUACUGCUGACCCUAAUUCUCUACAAAGUAUGGCAAGAGGUAAUAGAGAAGGAGGCAGAGGCAUAAGUAGAGGAAGAGGCAAUGUUGCUCAAGGCCCUGUUUAUCCAAAUUCACAAGAAAGUGUGACAAGAGGUAAUGGACAAGGAGUCUUACCAUCUUCACAUAUUGGUUUAGGAAAAGGUUUACCAUCUUCAAAGCUAAGUGCAAUUAGAGGAAGAGUCUUAGGAAGAGGCAUAAGUGGAGGAAGAGGCUUAGGAAGAGGCUUACCAUCUUCACGAUCAACUGUGGCAAGAGGAAGGGGACAAGGAGGACCAGCUUUGGACAACAUUCCCCAUGAUAAUAACAUGGCCUCAAUAUAG